UUCUGUAUAAUAUUAAUUCUUCCUACAAAGACAGCAGCAUUAGGGUCUGCACGUGAGGUGUAUACGGGUAUGAAGGAAUUAGCGAAUAAAUAUAAAACAGAUCCUGUUAAGCUUGUAUAUAUUACUGCAGAUAAAAAUCCUGAUUUCGCCUCUGCCUUUGGAUUUGUUAGCGGCAGCAAAGAAGAAUUAUUAAUUGCUUAUAGACCUAAAAGAAAACGUUAUGAGAGACUAAGCCCUCCAUUAACAAAAGCAUCAGUAGAGGAAUUUAUAGAUAAAGUAUUGGGGGGUUUACAACUGCAGCAAAAGAUAAACAAAGAUCCAUCGUCAGCUGUACGUACACCUUAUCAUGAUGAAUUAUAA